GUAAAACAAAUAGAAGAAGAAGUAAAGAUGGCGACGCGAGCUUAACGGCAGCGUCAACAAAGACAACACUCGGGCGUUGUGUUUUUUGUUCCUAUUUUAGUUUAACGGAUACAACAGAUUAAUCCCUCUUUUCAUAUUCGGUGACUACCCGGAACCGUCGUCAUGGAAACAGAGGAACAGGCCAGGAACCGGUUCCAGGCGGAGCUGGAGUUCAUCCAGUGUUUGGCGAACCCGAACUACCUGAACUUUUUGGCUCAGAGGGGUUUCCUCAGAGAGAGAACCUUCAUCAACUACCUGAAGUACCUGCUCUACUGGAAGGAACCUGAGUACGCCAAGUUCCUCAAGUACCCCCACUGCCUGCACAUGCUGGAACUGCUGCAGUACGAGCACUUCAGGAAGGAGCUAGUGAACGCCCAGUGCGCCAAGUUCAUCGACGAGCAGCAGCUGCUUCACUGGCAGCACUACUCCAGGAAACGCACGCGGCUGCAGCAGGCGCUCGCCGAGCAGCAGCAGCAGGCGCAGCAGCCGCCGCACGGCAACGCCGCCGCCAAGUGACGCUGCCGCCAGCCAUUUCAUUUGGGUUUUGUACAUAAAGGAUAUGUUUGUGUGAGGGCGGGACAUGGACACGGCACUGAUCACGUGACGCGGGCUCUGCUGCGUCGCUCUGACACAUGCGUGGAUCUCGACUCAGCUACUUUUGACUUUUACAGUGAAUAAAUAAAUAGUUUGUUUGA